AUGGGCCAGGGAGCUUUCGUCGCCCAACACCUGGAGGCCAUCCUGGAAGAACACCGCCGCUUGCUCGCGAGGAUACCACGCGCCGGGGACCUGCAAUCCUCGUGGCUCCUGCUCAGCAUGUGCGCCAACCCCCGGGCCAACUUCUUCCUGAGGGCGCUGGCUCCCGAGGACACGGCCGCUUUCGCCGCAGCGCACGACGACAACCUGGCCAACGCGCUCGCCGACUUGCUGACGGCGCCGGCGGCCUGGUGGGCUUCCUGGGCAGACUGCGCGCAGAUGCUCCGCGAACGCUGCCCCGAUCUCACAAACCAGAUCUGCGCAGCACUGAGCGAGCUGGACCGGGGCCCGCUGCCGGCCGCUCCCGGGUGCUUACAACAAGCCAGCAGGGCAAAGGAGCACCUCUCGGCACACGGCUUCGCAGCGCCCAACUGGCACGACCUUGCGCAGGGCGCCCGGGCCGGCGGGCGCUGCGGCCGCGGGCCGCCGGUCUGGGGCAGCUCUGGCGGCCUUCGCGGGCGGCCUUGCCCGGGCACGGAGCGGAGCCGGCCGGGCCAGGGCCUCGAGCGCUCCCGCGGCUUCGAGGCCGAGGCGACCGCGGGCGUCGGCAGCCCAGCCAGGGGGCCAGCCAGCCGGAGGGAGCCAGGCCGGGGGCCGAGUCGCAGAGAACAGCUCCUGCGAGACCUCAACGUGGACGGCGUCGACCCCCGCGACGGGCGCAAGAUCGAGGUCAUCGCGAACGGCCUGCCGCUCUGGGGAGGAGCGCAGCUGGCGAUUGACGCGACCCUGGUGUCGCCAGUCCGCACCGACGGCACCGCGCAGCCCAGAGCCGCGGACGAGGACGGAGUCCAGCUCGCGGUCGCGCGGGGCCGGAAGGAAGCGACCUACCCCGAGCUCAUCGGGUCAAGGAGAUGCCGAUUGGUCGUGCUGGGCUUGGAAGUCGGCGGCAAGUGGUCCGAGGAGGCCCUGACCUUCGUCGGGCUGCUCGCAAGGGCCAGAGCCCGCAGCGCGCCGCAGCGACUCCGAGCGUCGGCGCGGGCGGCGUACCUACACCGCUGGACAGGCUUGGUCGCGGUCGCGGCCCAGAGGGCGUUCGCGGCCACGCUGCUGGAGUUGCCGCCGCACACCCUGGCCGUCGACGGGGACGAGCCGCACCUCGCCGACCUCCUGGCGGACGCCCGCUACACGGAGACGCCGGAAGCGUACAAGUUCCUCGUGGUCUUGGCGCGGGCCCGGGCCCGGGGCGCGCCAGCUGCGCUCCGAGGGUCGCUGACAACGGCGCUGCUGCACAGGUGGGCUGGCAUGCUGUCCUUCGCCAUUCACGACGCCCUUGCGGCCAGCCUGCUAGAGGACGUGCCCAGCGAGACGCUAGCCACGGACGGAGUAGCACCCAGGUGGGACGGGGCUACCGCGCACCCGCCUGCGGGCCCCACCUCCCGGGCGUGGGACGGGGCUACAGCGCACCCGCCUACCGGCCCCGCGCCCAGACCCCCGCCGCAGCUGAGCCGAGGCGGAGAAGGAGAGGGCGCGGCCGAGGAAGCAGAGAAGGAGGCAGCGCGCGCCAGGAGGGCGAGGCAGCUGGCGCUAGGCCGCCUUGCGCCUGGGGCGCUGCUCAGAACCCUGCUGCAGCUGGCGCAGGCCCAGGCGCGGCUGGCGGGCAGGAAAAUGACGCCUUGUCCUGCAGUCGCCCCAAUGGACCCGACGCUUGCCUUUAUUGGCUUGCGCCGCUUCCGUGCCCCGUCCAGCCUCGCAGUGCUGCUCCCCCGCGCUUGCGGCCCAGGCCUCGUAGCCGCUGACGCCCGAUACCCUUGCCCCGCAUUGCUUGACCUCGCUGGUGCCAGCUCGCGCCGGGAGGGCGGGGGGCGCAUGUCUGCCGGCAGCAGCGGCGCCCCGCUGACGGCGUUGCGUGACCUGGUGAACCGCUGGAUAGGCGUGGAAACCAAACGCCUGGAGCGGGGGGCGGCGCUCUGUGACGUGCUCGCCUUGCUCGCGUGCGCGCCUCCACCGCCGCUGCAGCUCGCCGCAGAGGGAAAAGGCGAGGCUGGGCCUUUGAUUGACCUGGGGAGGCAGGUGCGCACCUGUCUGGCCCAUGAGGUGCCUGGGCCAGCGCUCGUUUUCGCCGCGGUUUGCCCUGCGCCGGGGGGCGACGUGGCCACGUGGAGCGCGAUCCUCGACGCGCUAGCCAGGCUGCGGAGCCGUUCCCCGCAUGCCUCUUUUCUCGUCGCGGGGGACGCGAGCAUCCACUUGUCUGACAUCCUAAUGCACCAGCCUGGCUGCAGCUGCUGCCACUGCCGCCAGUCUCAGGGCGACCGCACCAUCGAGGCGAUGCUUUCUGCUGCCGGGCUUUUUGCAAGCAGCCCGCCGGUGCCCACGCGUGAUUCAGGUACGUGCAUCGAUCUCGUUCUCGCGGGCCCGGGCCAGGCGGUCUCGGUCACUGUGAAGGGGGCCGUGGCGAUGUGCUCUGACCAUCGCUUGCUGUGUUGGUCGCUGGCGUGCCAGUGCGACCGCUCCACGCGCGCGGGGUUCGGUCGGGUCAGUUGGCGCGCAGAUUCCCAGUGGGAUCAUGCCCUUCUCCAGGCCCUGAGCGCGGAUGCCAUGCUCCAGGCCCUUGGGCAGGACCUGCAGGCGCGGGCGAGCCUGGGUAGGGUCUCCGCCGCAGCACUGGGCGAGGUCACGCCGGGGCCACGUGCCGCGGCGGAACUGGCCGGGUGGGUGAGCGGGGGGCCGACUGAAGCCGACCGCGCCGCCGUGCAUGACGCACUCGGCACUGGCCACCUGCAGCCGCUGCAGUUCUCGGACGACCUGUCCGUUGUGCGCCCGUCCCCGGGUGCUCUCCGUGCCGUCGUCUCCGCCGAGCCGGACUCUGCAUGUGGCUGUUGUGCAAUGCGGCUGGACGUGCCGUUUGGGCACGCGGAUGCUCGAGCGUGCAAUCAUGGCGCCCGCCUGCCGGCGCAGCCUGCUGACCACCCUGGCGCCCGCAUGCUUUCCUUGGCGCGCUCCCUUUCGUGCACCACCUGGGCGAGCGUCGCAGCGUGCCGCAGGGUGGAGCAGACGCCGCCAGUCCUGGACAUUGACGUCCACCCCGCGUUCCGCCACGCGCUGCGCAACGCCCGCUGCUCGGUGGAGCUGCGUCCAUCCUUGCUGCGCAGCUUUCAACUCCAGGUGGUCCGCCUGGCCCUGAGGGCGCGUGACUUGGCGGCGUUCCAGCGCGCCGCGUGCGCCCGCUUGCCCGCGCUCGGUAUGUCCAAUGCCGCGCUUUUCCGCAUGUGGGCCGUGGCGCGCAUGUCCGGGGCAUGGCCGCUUCCUGUGCUUGGCGUGCCGUCCCUCCCUGUCACCUUGGCCCGCUGUGCUGCGUGCGGCGCCUUGCAGGUCGACAUAGCCUAUGCGCUCUGCGGGUGCCCCGGGCAGACUAUGCGGCGCGCGGAGUUGGAGACCCGCGCCCUGCUCCCGCCGCUGUCGCAGGCGGGCGUGUAUAUGUACCAGCUCUUCCGCGACGGGCCGCCGCCCGAACAGAGAUGGCACCGCGUGCUCUUCGUGGCGCGCGCCCUGCAUGAUUCGAUCGGCCCGCGCGCGUUCUGCCACAGGGAGGCCGCGUGA